CAUCACAUCCCAAGCAACCAUGACUUUCGCCUGGAGAAACGUCUUCACAUACAACAAGUACGCAUCGAUUGCUGCUGCGACUGUCCGUAAAUCCCUCAAGGAGCAAGGACGUCUUGCCGCCGAGAAGCGUGGAGACAUGGAAAUCAAGGUCGCCAAGUGGGACAAUGGAAAACAAGGUCCUUACAAGAACGUGCGCGAGGUCAUUGAAAAGUCAUCUUAGACUCGAUACACUAAACAAAC